AUGGGCGUGUCGCAUCUCAUCCUCGGAGACGAAAGCACUCGUAUCCAGAGCAACAUCAGCUCAUGCAUUGCGGGUGGGCGAGUCAUAUCCCGGCCAGUGGAUACUUCAGGCGUUCGAAGCGGCAACGCGGAGCUUCCCGUUACGGGGUCUUCAUCGUGUUGUCAACUUCAGAAGGCAUUCUUUGAACCCGUUACCCUCAAUCCUAAUCUCCUCGUUCCCUCCCCGCCCAGAGCCGUAACCAUGACACCAAAGGGGUACAUCGCAACUCAAGCCACCCUUGAGAAUCUUGAAAAAAGGCCCGCAAAUGACUUCAUAGAGUCACUUGGCCUCAAGAACUACAGCGUGCCUGGAGCUCCGCGGCCGUCUUUCCGCCACUCUACCAUUGUGAGCAGCCUAUACGACUCUACUCAGGUGGUCGUGGCCUCGAUUGCUAGCUGUAUGAGCCAACGGCUGGUGAAAGCAUCGCUCAGCAGUGAGGGGUUCUUGGACCGGGAAGCCGAAUUGUUAUUCCAUGUCCAUGGCGACAAGGUCUGGGGAGAGAUAAGAGACCAUCUGAUUAGUGCGGCGCCCGACACGUUGUAUCCGCACGAGUUGCACGCGGACUCCCCUGGGGAUCGAAUUAGGAUCAAGUUUUUACUCCGAGGUUGGAUCGCGCGACGUGCAUAUAGAAGAGCCGGACCGAGCAACACAACGGAGGGUGAAUCCGUGCCGGACGGCACCAUCCUAGGUGACCUCCUUUCCUACGUGGACGCUCACUUCCCUUCGGUCGCGACUGCGGCUCGAGCUCAAGGCCCAACAUCGGGCACGAUCAACCAGGAGCAUGUGCCUAUUGCUUUGCGUGCGACACGAACCACUGCUAGAGUAACAAAUGGAAUACUUUCCAUCUCGGGUUGCUCGAUCAAGUUUAUUCCGCCACCGCCUGGGCGAGAUGGCCACCCGUCCACCACCCAUCAAACCACUGGUCCGACACACCUUCUCGCCAACAAUGCCCACCGUAUUGAACCCGACCAAUCCAUCCCAUCGGGGGGAGACAAUCAUUGCGAAGAUGAUGGCCGACAGAAGAGACACCGCGAGAACGAAUCCCGCUCCGAAGAGUCCGCACAAGCAACGAAAGCCGCGAGGCAAGACCAAGGUCUACCAAACUCGCCUACAUUGCCCACCGUAUCGCCCUCUCCAACGGAUAGUCCCACAGCCAACACAACCGCGGUCGUACGUACACCGGAAGAGCCCAUUGGGCUCAGUACCGAAGCGUCUACAACGAACGGCCAACAACCGGCCACGAACACAAACACAAACACCGGACACGAUUGUUCUGCGGGCUCUUCUGCAACGGAAGCCUCACCUACUGCGGCGCCUCCUCUCGGCUUCGAGGGUACAAAUCUCCAGCGCAGGAAGAUACUCGCGAAGCUACUGCUGAUCCUCGGGAGCGAUACUCCCUCUCAAGACGUCGUCGACGGCCUAGCUCCAAUGAUCAACGAAAUCUGGACCGACGACGGUGUGAAGUCGCACAUGAAGCAGGGAGGACGACUCGACACACUAAAGCAUGCAUUGCUAACGUGGGUGGAUAUGCACACGCGACUUGUGGAAUUUCGUAGAGCGGCUGGGCUAGAUUUGAUCGAGGAUGCCCAACACGAGACUGACUGGCACAACGAGAGCAUGGUGAUGGGAGGCUACAACGAGUUGGGGACGUGGAGGUGCGAGAUGAUGAAGGAAGGCCAAUGGGUGGAUGAGCAGUCGUUCGAUUAUGACCUCGCCACUUUCUUCGCAAGGCUCAUCGAUGUGCAGCGCUGUUCAGCGGAGUCUCUCGCUAAGGGAUUCGCAUUGUACAAUAAGCAACUUCUAGAUUUCUUUAUAUAG